CCCUCACUAAUCUCUCUCACACACACACACAAUUUUGAAACCAAAAUCGGGAAGCAGCAAUGGCGACAAUCUCAAACCCUAACCCUAACUCAGGUUCAAAGCCAUCAGUAUACCUGCAGGACAAGGAGGAGGUGAAGAAGGUGUUCAACCGCUUCGACGCCAACGGCGACGGCAAGAUCUCGGCGACGGAGCUCGUGUCAGUCAUGAAAGCUCUCCAAUCCAACAUAUCGGAGGAUGAAGUGAAGCAGAUGAUGGAGGAGCUCGACACCGACCUCGACGGCUUCAUCAGUCUCGAAGAGUUCGCCAGUUUCUGCAAGGGCGGCGGCGACAUCGCCGGAUCCGCCGGAGACGACGGCGGUAUGGUAGGGCUGAAGGAUGCCUUCGAGUUGUAUGAUCAGGACAAGAACGGAGUGAUCUCCGCCGUUGAGCUCCACCAGAUCUUGCAACAACUUGGCGAGAAGUGCUCUGUUCAGGACUGUGGGAGGAUGAUCCAGUCCGUCGAUUCGGACGGCGAUGGAUUCGUCAAUUUUGAGGAGUUCAAGAAGAUGAUGACCAACACCACUGCCAACGCUAACAGGUCGUCGAAUUAGUCUGGGAAAUAAACGGUUGAUGUAGGGUCAGGCACAUGGUAUAUUUAAUACCUGCGUGUGUAGGGGAUCCUUUCUAUUUACUGAUCUCUACGAUUUGCAAGAUGAAUGCGUUUUAAUAUUUUCAUUUUUAUU